CAGCAAUCAUGUCACAGGAGUACGCACAGCAUGUGCUGAAGGUGGCCGUGGCCCAAAUAUGCCGCACCAUCGGAUGGCACUCAACCCACGCCUCGACGAUGGAUCUGCUGAUCGAUGUCACGCAGCAUUUCCUGCGCGAAAUAUCGCGCACCAUGCACCGGUACUGUGAGCUGUACAAUCGUACCGAGGCGAAUCUGGACGAUCUGGCACUCGCGUACAAAGAGAUCGGCAUCAAUCUGGACGAGCUGAUGGAGUACGUACAGUUUGUCGAUCCGAUCCCACUGCCGCUGGAAGUACCUCGAUUCCCGCUGCCGAAGGAGUCAAACCUAAACUUCCUGAAGCCGGGCAGCCGCGAAGUGCUAACGCGUCCGGUACACAUACCGGAAUACAUGCCACCGCUGAUGCUGGAAGCGGAAGAGGAUGGUAGUACCGAGAGGUCCGAGAACGAGAGCGAGAAGCGAAGCUUCCUGAACAAUGCUGCGUUAGCGAUCGCGGCAACGGUGGCUGCUACGAUGUCAUCGGAAGCUAGAGCACUGACCGAUCGAGGUGAAGAUGAGAGUGGAAUGUCAAGCGACGCCAAGGGAGGGCCGGAGACUACAGGUGUGGAAGAGGUGCCCAGCACAGGGGAGGGUGUAGAUGAUGGUUCUGGCUUACCACACGUCGUUAUAAACGAGGAAGUGGAAAUACCGAUGCAAACGAUCGAGCUGAAGGAACCAUCGGCUAGCGGUGGUGAUGAAGAAUCCGCUGCCUCCGUCUCCAAACGGCCCGAGAUUGCUGUUGUGAAGGAUAAACCAACCCAACCGGACGAAACGUCGACGCCGGUAGGUACCAAACCAGUCCUCACAGCGGAAGAGGGUCGUCCAACGCGCGAAAUUAGUAGCGUCAUCAUGACCACGUCGGGCUUCAUUUCACCGGCACGCGAAGGCAAGCUACCGGAAUCGCGCAUACCGAUCAUCCCGGAAGAACGUCCAAUACAACAACCGUCACCGGUGGUGCCCACUGUAUCACCGACGCUCACCACCGCCAGCCACUUGCCGACAGGAACCGCCUUACCGUCUGUUCCAGCCAGUGUUCCAUCACUUGCCGGCGCGGGUCCCGUAUCAUCGGUGGCACUAUUAGCAUCAGCGGCCGGAGGCUACUUCCCUAAGCCAACGACAUCUGACGGUAUAGCGGGCGGCAUUGCUGGGCUUCCGGCAGCCGUAGGUGCGACGGGUACUGCUACUAGUGGCGUACCGUCCGAUACAACUUCACCCCUGGUGCCGCCAAUGAAGCCACCGGGUGGAGAGAAACCGAUCAAAAAGGUAAAAAAGAAACCAACCGAUCGGGAGAAGAAGAAGACGAAUACUUCGAAGAAACCGGACAAGCAACACGCACCGGGCGAAAAGGGUACAGCAACAAUGGCGAAACUAUCGGUACCGUUGGACGUUCCUUUUGGGGCGAUGAUAACAAAGGAGCAAACCGAUUUCACUACACCAUUACCACCAGUACCAGACGCACUUGCUACCGGAAGACUUCCAGAAAAUCUAGCUGGCUUGAGCAAUCCGUUCGUUAAAAAUGGUAACCUAGGAAUGGAAGCGAAUGAAGCUACCAAACCGAUCGACAGUAGUUUACAACCUGGCGGUGUCGGGUUGAAUGUACCGCCGAACCUUUCCACCGGCAAACCAUCCAAACCCGCCAAGGUAAAGAAUCCGAAGGAAAAACCAGUUAAGAAGCGCAAAUCAGCAACACCGAAACCUCGACCAGUCCCAGCACCCGGGGAAAUGGUGAUCGAUGAUCCGGCGCUCCUGAACAGACCACCGUUGCCGUUGCAAAAUUUUCUCCCAUUCCCCAAACUGCCGAAACCGAAAAAGGCACCAAAAGCAUCGAAAAAAGCGGCCGCCCAACGUAUGCAGUUUGAUGCGGAACAACCACCACCGCUCAUUCCUGGUCCGCUUGGGCUCGGUUCGGCAUCGUUUAGCGGCCCGAUCAAAUCCAGCAUUUCCAUGUCAGAUUCUGGCUACUACGGGCUUUCGCCCAGCAGUAGUACCGGUGGCAUUGGGCCGUCCACAACGGCAGGCAUAUUGGUGCCACUGAAAAAGCCCCCGUUGAUGGGUCCGUUCAAGCAGGAAGACGCGUCUGAAUCCCAACAACCGUUCAUCGAUCAAGCGACACAGCUUAAUAUGUUGCAGAAGAUGCAUCCGAGUUUGGAAAUAACGGCAUCGCCGAGUUUCUCCUCCUCGCAGGAGGACGUGGAAAAACCGCUCACACCGGGUCGGAUGCUAUUUGAGGGAGGCCGAGGCAUGAAACCGGACACGACCACGAGCGAACGGGAUGUGAUUGUAAUCGAUGACGAUAAAUCGCCACCGCACGUGUCCGCCGUAUCGUCCACCAUGAUGACACCACCCACCACGAAGAAACAGCGCAAACAGCUGGCACACAGCAACGUUAAUACACCGCCCGGGAUGGGUUUUCAGGGAGUGACGGUGCCGUACGCAGCUGGGCCGGAUGGUGAGUUUCGUCCUGACGAAACGAGCCAUUAUUCGCCCCUGUCGUACGGUAUUCCGAAAACUCCCGAUAUCCGGCUGCAGUCUUCGUCCGCGUCGUCGACAACUUCCACUUGGUUGCCAGCAACGCCGAAAAAAGCAGCCGUUACCGGAAAUCUGUUUUCCGAGCUUGCCUCCAAAACACCGGAUGAAGCAGCGAGGCUUACGCUGCCUGGUGGCACCGGUGCUGGUGGUGCUGGUGCUUCUGGUGAGGGUGGCAAGAAGCCAAAGCGACCGAAACAGAAACCGAAACCCGAUUCAAAGGCGAUGGCGAAACUGGCGGAAGCGAACAAAAAGCUGGACGAAGCGGUUGCAGCUGUACAGAAGUUUGGCAACCCGAUACCCGGCAGUGGCCACCCGAAUCCAUUCUCGCUAUAUCCGGGCUCGCUGAAUCCGUUCGCGCCCGAUGCGAGCAUGUACAGCAAGUAUCUUAACCAGUCGCUGCAAACGGUUCCCGGGCUGCGAAAUCCGAUGCCAUUCGGUAUGUUUCCGCUACCGUCCGGUCCGGGUUUGAUACCGGACAAUCCACUUUUCCCUCGGUUGCCACCGACGUACCCAGGUCAACCGCGAGGCCCCGGUGGCUUUCAGCUGCCUCCGAACCCGUUCGGACUGCCGGGCAUUAACCCGAUGAAUCUGCUCCGCAUGCCAGGGCUUGCGAAUAGAAUGCCGGGUGGACCUGGAGGCAGCCAGCGCGACUUCCUGGACGAGCCGUUAGAUCCGGAAACGAAACUGGCCCAAACGCCACUGGAUCUGCAAAAGUCGACCUGCAACGUGGCACCGCUCGUGCCGCCAUCGCUGUUUCAAAGUGCGACCGAAGGUAUGGCGCUGGGAAGUACGAACGACCUGCUCAAUUUGUCCGUCAGCAAAUCGACGACCACUGCGUCCCCUAGUAAGGAUACGGUCACAACCACACAAACAACGUCCACCAGCAAAAAGGAACCACCGGUGGCGGCCUCAGUUGCUGCCAGUGGUGCUGGUGUUGGUGGUAGCAUUUUCAGCACGACCGGCGUAACAUCGACCGUGAAAGAUUCGUACAAGGAGGACCAAGUCGUAAUACUGCCGGCAGCCAGCGUGCUGCCCGGUGCUAGUCCCCCGCAACGGUCCAGCAUGUUGGUGGUGGACGUGGAAGAUUCCGACGACGGUAGCCAAUCGACAGUCGGCGGUAAGAGCAAGGACGGUAAGCGCAAGCAGAAAGAGCACAAAAAGGAUCGCAAGCUUAAGGAUGGCAAGAUAAAAAAGAAGAAGGAUAAAAAGGAUAAGAGCAAGAGUAAGGAUCGUGAGCGGGAGCAACAGCUGAAGGAACUGACGGCCGGUACGGCGACGUCGCCCGGCGUGAUGACGAUGGGCAUGAUCGGUGCAGAGGAAGCACUGAUGGAGCAACUACGCAAGGAGCGUAAGGAGAAGAAGGAAAAGCGCAAGGAAAAGAUAAAGAAGGAGAAGCGCAAGGAGAAGGAGCGUGGCAUGGUUGCGACUGGAAGCGGCGCUGGGGUCGGCCAGAUAUCGUCCUCGUCUGUCGGAUCAACUGGUGCCGGUCAACCGUCCGGUGACAUUGUGCCAAAGCUGAUGCUUAAAAUCGGUGGUUCCAAUGCCACACAAUCGCCUCGUUCGGAAACGCCCGACCAGCAGCUGUUCGGUGCAUCUGCUGCGGCCGCCAUGAGCGAUCCGAAGCGAGACGUUUCCCCGGAACUGGCGCGUAUUUCGGCCCUGGUAACACGCCCACCGAAGCUGAAAGCCGUGGGAAGUGGUUCGGCUGCCGGUAGCAGCAAGAGCAAGAAAGACGAGGCUGGUAAAAAUGUGCCCCCGAUGGGCUCACCGCUGUCAGGGCUGGCCGGUACAGAGCCAUCCAAACCGCACCAUGGCUUGGACGGUGACGAUACGUUCGGUGCUGGGAAGCAAUCGGGUAAAGCGAACCUUCCUGCGACUAGUGCAGUUAGCAGUAGCACAUCCGGGUACGCACAGUACACGAACUAUGCCACAACCGAUGAUAGUCCGACCGGGGCCGGUAGUUCCACCAGCCGGGGUUCGAAGGUAGCCCGGCUGGCGGAUAGUGCAGCAGACUCGACGGUGAAACCGUUUGCCGGCGGCGAAUCGUCCAAAAAGGCAACGAAGGAAUCGUCCAAGGGAUCGAAAUCGGUACACCAUCACCACCAUCAUCAUGCGAGCCAGGUGGACACGUACACCACCACGCCCGCCCAUAUGACGGAUGUGGACGGCAAUACGGUGUGGAUUUGUCCGGCGUGCGGCCGGGUGGAUGACGGUACACCGAUGAUUGGGUGUGAUGGGUGCGAUGCCUGGUAUCAUUGGGUGUGCGUCGGUAUACAGGUACCGCCGGAGGACAAUGAAGACUGGUACUGUCGGGUUUGCAUUGCCAAGAAGCAGGACUCGCACGCGGACGAGAAGCAGCGCAAGCGCAAGAAGAAGGACAAGAAGACGUCGAAGGAUUAAGUCGUAAGUA